AUGACUACCACAGAGACCGAUUUAGGUCUUUCAUCCGAUGGGCGGUAUCUGCAAUCGCUCAUAUAUGGUCUGAUUAUCAGCACAGCCAUUCUAUCUUUGAUCGUCUGCAGUUUGAGGCUUUACACAAGAGCGUUCAUCGUGAAUGUGUUUGGGUUAGAUGAUAUCGCUGUCUGCGUCGCCUUGAUUAUUACACAGGUUUUUAAUGGAAUAGCAAUUGCGGUUGUCUAUCAUGGAGAAGGGCGACACUUCGCAAAGGUGUCUUCCGAAGAUCGGGCAAUCUGGCUCAAGCUAUAUUAUGUGGCAAUGUGCAUGUAUCUCUAUGUUUCAUUUGCUAUUCUCGAUAUCCGGCUCUUUGUUUUGGCUUUCCAAUGCGAUCCUCCAAGGGCUGCUUAUGACCUUACCAUUACGAAUGGGACAUGUUAUUCCCAGUUUAAGAUAUUUCAGAUCACAUUGUAUCAAGCGGUUCUUAUUUUCGUCUCAGAUGUAAUCAUCUUGGUUGCGCCAAUGGUGAUUCUAUGCGGAUUGAAUAUGCCUACGAGGAAAAUAAUUGCCUUGAUGGCGAUCUUUGGAUCAGGUAUAAUUGCUUGUAUCUCCCCCGUCGUCCGCUUUAGCACUUUGGGUUAUCUGCGCGAGGGCACCGAAGACCUUACCUAUGACUCAGCAUCAUCCCUCUACUGGAUGGUGAUUGAGUUCAACCUAGGCCUCGUCGCCGGCUCCCUCUCCUCUCUACGCCCAUUGCCGUUCUUCCGUCGAUUCGGAUCAACUACAAACUCACGCUAUAAAGUAUCAGCCGGAGAUACACCACAUGAGCUUCGCAAUGUAUCUGGAAAUGAGGCCAGGAGUGGCAAGAAAAAGAGUCUCAGCAUGGGAAUGGGCACGACAAUAAUGCAGGAUAGCGCCAACGAGAGCCAAGAGCGGAUUAUCCAUAUGGCGAAGUCAGACUAUGGCCGGCCUCAUAUCUAA